AAUGACAACCAUUAAGUAUGAUGAAUUAAAAGGAGUGCGAGAUUUUAUUCUGAAAUUGGUGAAUGUUCAGUCCAAGUUGAAAGAUCAUAAUAUUCCUCUUCCUGACUCUUUCAUUAUUCAUCAAGCUCUUCAUGCUCUUCCAGCCUCUUUCAGCCUUAUCAAGACAACCUACAACACUUACAAUCAAACAUGGACUAUCAGCGACCUAAUUUCUCAGUGUGUAGCUGAAGAAAGCAAGCUUAAAAGGGAGAAGAAUGAAUCUGCUAACUAUGUUUCUCACCUCAAGCCCAACAAAGGAAAAGGAAAAUUCAAGAAUAAAAAUGAUGGUGCUACAAAACAGAAUGGUAAUGGUAAGGAGCAUAAGAAUAAACAGAAGAAUAACAAUGGAAAGUCCAAAUACUCUAAUGUGAAGUGUUACUUUUGUGAAAAAUUGGGGCAUCGGAGAACGGACUGUCACAAAUUUAAGACUUGGUUAGAAAAGAAGCAAGCACAAUCAGGGGCUAAGGGAUCUCAGGAAGCCAAGUGAGAGGGAGCCCAAGCUUAAAGUGGGCAAUGAUGUUGGAGUUGACGUUAUCUAUGUUGGAACAUUUAUUCUUGAAUUACAGUCUCGUGAUAAGAUUAUUCUGAACAAUACUUUUUAUGUUCCUACUUUUAAAAGGAAUUUAGUUUCGCUUCCGCUUUUGGUUAAACAAGGAUAUUCUUUUCAUUUUGCAAAUGAUAAUGUUGACAUUAUGCUUGACUCUCGAAUUAUUGGAAAUUGCUUUUAUUCUGAUGGUCUUUACAAGUUGUCAUUGGCUCCUUUAGAUUCCUCUUUUAAUGUUGUGAAUAUUGUGGGUAAAAGACCUCAUAUUAAGGAAACAUCCUUAUUUUUAUGGCACAAAAGAUUGGGUCAUAUUUCCAGAGAAAGGGUUGAUCGUUUAAUUAAAUGCGAAAUACU